AUGCCUGUCCUCCCCUCCCUGCACAACUCCACCUUCGACGCCGACCUCCGCGACCGCCACGUCAUCUACGACUACAACGCGCGCGACGCGCACGGCAAUCCCGAGAAAUGGCGCUAUGAGAUGUGGUUCUUCAACGAGGACCGCAUCGUCUACGCCAUCCACGGCGGGCCCAUGGCCGGCCGCAGGAACUUCCAGGCUGCCACGUACCAGUGUAUCCGGCCUGGGGAGCUCUGGCAGUGCAAUUGGCUCGAGGAGACGGGCACCAUCUGCUCGCUUGUGUAUGAUAUUCCAAACCGCACGUUCACCACGUUGUUGGGCUUCUCCAAUGGCCAUUGGACGCAAAAUGUCGCGGCGCGGGGUGAUAAGCGGAAUCCGGAGGAUCUAGCGAGAUGGAGAGACUUGGCGAAGGUCGGGGAGAGUCAGGCUGAUCGGGUCUUGUUGAGUGAGCAGGCGGAUAUCUUGGAGGUGUUUUUGGGGCCGGGGGAUCUGGACUUGAUUGAGAUGGGGUGGCCAACUUUAUGA